ACUAAUUGUAAAAUAUCUUCCAGGCAUUGUUCCCUCUUCUGUUGUUCUGACUGCUUUCCAAGUGAUGUCAAGGGUUUUCCUGACGUGGGCAGUAACACAUAGUGUAAAAGAGGUACAAACUGAAGACAGUGUCCUCUUGUUUGUAGUGGCCUGGACAAUCACCGAGAUAAUCCGUUACUCUUUUUACACGUUUAGCUUGUUAAACCAUCUCCCUUACCUCAUCAAAUGGGCCAGGUACACUUUGUUUAUAGUGUUGUAUCCAAUGGGAGUCUCAGGUGAAUUACUCACAAUAUAUGCUGCAUUACCCUUCGUCAGGCAGUCUGGCUUGUAUUCCAUUAGUUUACCUAACAAGUACAAUUUCUCAUUUGACUACUAUACAUUCCUGAUCCUGGUCAUGAUCUCUUACAUUCCAAUCUUCCCUCAGCUGUAUUUCCAUAUGCUGCAUCAGAGGCGAAAGGUACUCUCCCACACUGAAGAACAUAAGAAGUCGGAGUAAUUCCAGCUCUUUUUCAGAACUUUUCAAACAUCAAAAUGCUGCAGUUUUUCAAUACCCAGCACAUUUGUAAAGAGUAUACCAAGAUAAGUCAGAGGUAAAAGACCAGUAAUUUAGCGAGAAUAACCAAUAAAUCUGAUUUCAGUGAAAUUCCAGGAUGUUAAACAUUGAAAUAAUUUUCAGCUUGUAAUGCUUCAGAAAACUUUAACUUUAUAUGGCUUGGCAGUUAACCUUUUCCUUAAAUGAUGUGCUAAAUGGUUUUCUUUUAUUAUUAAAUGCCUGAAGGUUGCAGUAUGAGUGAUGAAGUUGUACCCACUAAAUGCCUGAAUUGGGAUUAUAUUACUGAUACCUCUCUUUUUUUAAGUGCUUGACUGCAUGCCAGAAACUGUAUGUAUUGCUGUGAAAGCAAACAAUAUGCUCUGGAAUACUUCAGGAUAAUGUCAGAGACUUCAGUGGAGAAUGUAAUCUGGGCAAAGUGUUUAAAUUUAGAAAGGUAGGUUGUAUAUCUAAAAGGUGAUGGGAACAAGAACAAGAAACCAAUUACGGAAAAUUAGGGGAAUAUGGUUCUUUAGGAAUUUAAACAAUACGGUGUCUGACCCCAGAGUGUGUUCUCUGAAGAUCUUGUUUAAGCUGAUCACUCAAAUGCUAACAUUAACUCAGAGGCUGUAAUUCUUACCUGAAACAUUAAAACUACUCCAAGUACUGCAUCCCUGAAUACUUUUUUAAUAUUAAAAAAAAAAAAUACUAACUAUAAUACUUCUAGUGGUAUCAGUAAUGAAUCUAAACAAUAUAAGGAGGUAGGUCACCCAGACACAGGUGCAGUUCUUCCUUUUUUGCUAUAAAUUAUCAUCUCUAAUCACUGUCUGUGAUACUAAUCUUUCAGUGCUGAGGACUUCUUGGUCUCCUGUGUUUGGGGGCCUUGUUCCUUGGCCUGACUUGUCUCAAGUGACUGAGGUGUGGCACAUCCAAGCAGGCAGUUUCAGGCACUCAAACUCAAAGUGUUCAGAAGUCAUAGUCUGCUCCUUGCAGAGCAGAUUAUCUCGCAUGUUACAUCCUGCAUUUGCAGACUGGAUGAGACAUCCUCGUCUGUUCAUUGGAAAGAGUGGAAGACCACAAAAAGUUAUAUUCUCCUAGGUGCUUUCUCUGGGUUCUCAGGCUUAACCUUCCCUUGGGAAGGUAAAAGGAAGAUGAAAGAGCUGAGAAAGCCUUGUGGUGAGGCAGAAAGCACUAGUGCUGUUUGAGCUGUGCCCCAGGUCUAGAAGAAACUUCUGAUUGGGAGUAAAAGGGUAGGGAAUGAUAGGAACAAAAUGAGAAGGGAAAUGAAUGGAUGUCCAAGCAGAGACUAAAGGAAAUGUGGGUUGACUUUGCUCUGUUAGGAAUUGAUGGCCAAAUAGUCCUGUGUGCAUCCAGUCAGAGCCACUAGACAAGACCAUGUGGGCCUCUCUGGCUUCCCUCAUUACAUGAUUUAGUGUAUACAAGAGGUAUGACCUCUCAUGCUACCUGCAAUGCUGCCCCGUGCUGUGCCUGCCAGCACCUCCCCUGGACAUGGCCCAGUUGUGUUUGACACAUCCCAGCUCUCCCUAAACACAGCCAGGAUGUACUGAGGACACAGGCUCUGUGUUCUAGCAGUUGGGAAGAGCUGGAUUUACAAUUAUCUAGGUUUAUGCUUGUCAGAGCUAUAUUAAAAAAAAGAAAAACAACUUGGCAUUUUUCAGUAAUUUUCUUUGGCUCCAUCAAAAGGACCGAAUUUUCCUAACUUCCACUAUAUAGAGCCCUUCCUGUUCAACACAAGCAGGACUGUUAUAAGCAGAAAGAGGACAAGAGACAAUAAUUUUUGUUUCUAUUUUCAACAUUUUGGAGCCAAUUAUUGACUGGAUUAAAAACCACAGGAGGUUGUAGCAAGUUGGGCAUUGGUCUUCUCUCCCAAGUUACAAGCAAUAGGACUAGAGGAUACUGCCUUGUGUUGUGCCAUGGAAGGUCUAGAUAGGAUAUUAGGAAAAAAUUCUUCAUGGAAAGGAUUGUCAAGCAUUGGAACAAGCUGCCCAGGGAAGUGAUAGAGUCACAUCCCUGAAGGUAUUUAAAAGAACUGAAGAUGUGGUGCUUAGGGACAUGGUUUACUGGGAUUUUGCAGUGUUAGGAUAAUGGUUGGACUCAAUCUUAGAGGUCUUUUCCAACCCAAACAAUUCUGUGAUUCUAUUACUGUGGCCAGAUACAACCUCAGAAUGGUUUUGGAUUCAAAGAUGGAACAAUUCAUUUCUGUAUUAGGGUAUGUGCUUUGUUGUAGUGAUCUGAGAAAUCUGACAUUAUUCUAAACUUAUUGUUUGAAAGUGUGAACUUCCACCUCUGAACAAAACAUCUCCUUUUGCUUAUACUUGCUACUAAAGAAGUUAAUGUCAGUAUUUCUGAAGGAUGUCAUCUAAAAGAUGUGAUUUCCUGAUGUACUUAGGUUACUGGAUAUUGUCAAUGCUCAGCUCUUGAACUUCUCUUAAUUUGAUUUCCGUGCCCAAAUAAAAGAUUUGGUUUCAAAUUCAUUGGUCUAAUUUGGAGAUAAAAAAUGGCUGUGUAAUACUGCAUGAAACAAACUCCUGGCUCUGUUGAUGAGAAAAAUGCAGUACAGAUCUACAGAAGAUAGCACUGACACCAUGGAAAAGCAGAGCAAGCUGCCAGUAGGGAGAAAGCUUCUACAACCAACACCUUUGCUGAAUAGGCUUUAUUAUGGAAUAUUUACUUUAAUUGAAAAUAUCAGUUUAUUAUACAAAUGCAAAUAAACUACAGUCUUUUAAAAGAAAAUGGAGUUACUUUUCCUUUCAAAAGAAAAAGACGUUGCUUUUAGAGUAAGAAUUCUUACCAGCAAAGUUGAUUUAUAAAUUAUAUUCUGAAGUCUGAACAUGCAGUUACUAUAUACAUAAAUUCAGGGCUUCAUCUUGCAUUGCUUUUUCAAGAUUAUUUUCUGUGGAAAUCACUGGAAGGUGAUCUUGAGUGAGAACUGCAGUGUGAUGUCCUAAAACUGUUUGGGUUGUCCCCUAAUACUGAUUUUGCUGACAUGUGGGGUUUCUCCUCCACAUAAAAGAAGUUUCUUCUGCACUGUCACUGAAAUUGUAAAGUGGUUGCUGUGAACUCUCUAUUAGAAGCUUUGAUUGGUGCUGUCUCUCAGAUGCAGAGGGGUUUGUUUUCCCCACAGACUGUUUACUUGGCUUGCAUGUUCUCUAUCCAAACCAGCAGGCCUCCCCUGCUUUGUACUCUGUUGUGUGCACUGUUCAGUUGACAGCACUUUAUGUUCUACCCUGCCAGCUCUGAGUUGGUCACUACCCUCCAAAAGACCAAGGCUUGCACCAAUGUGUAGUUUACAACUGGAACUGGAAUUGUAGAAAUGUUCAUAUUUGUACAUUACAGUAAGAAUGCAGGUUACAGUGCAGGUAAAUUGUAAUUUUUCACAAUGUGAUGUUUUUAUCAGAUGGCUUUUUUCUUAUCAUUAUGAAGGUUGGCAUUUGUGUGGACCAAUCUGCAGUGUCAUUUUAAAACCUUUCAGCUUAAAAUUUUCAUGAGUAUACAUCAAAUCAUAUAUUUUGAUGUAUAUGUCAGUGAAACUUGGGUGAAAACUAUAUACAGUCAUUUUUGUAUUUUUUUCUAUGUUGUGAAGAAUAAAAUUGUAAUUUUAUAAGUCUGAUUCACUAAGAUUAUUAUAAGUUAAAUGUAUUUUUUGUAUAUUUAGGAAUCUGGUAUUACCUGGAGCUCUGAAAGACUAAGCAUAGAUUUUUUUAUGCAUGGUUGAAAGAUAUUUCAGCUUGAUAAUGCAGUGAAAUGGUUUGUAUGCUAAAAUACUAGUCCGUGUUGUUGCCUUGUGAAAUUGAUUGUGUGCUCUCUGCCUGGAUUUGGCCUACUGAUCAGUGAUACUAAUUGCUAUAAUCCAAAUAAAAUUAAUUCUGAACAAAAUGUGUUGUAUUGUUA